UGUUUCUCAUGUUGUCACUUUGCACGAACCCGGCCACGCGAACGCGCACGCGCUCGCGCCAUGGUGAUUUGCGCGUGGCUCCGCAAUGACCUUCGCGUGCAUGACAAUGUCGUCUUGCAUGAGGCUGCGCGUUUGGCGGCCCAAAGGAAGGUCCCUGUCGUGCCCGUUUAUGUCUUCGACCCUCGAUACUUCCAGCGUACGCGCUACAAGACCUUGCGCACCGGCAGCUUGAGGGCACUCUUCCUACUCCAAUCCGUGCUCGCGCUCAAGCGACGCCUGCGGCGCCGGGGCUCCGACCUCCUCAUCAAGGUGGGGAAACCCGAGAAGGUCCUGCCACCGCUCUUGUCCUCGAACUCGGUCCUAUUGACUCAGCAGGAAGUGACUUCUCCAGAAUUGACGAUCGACUCCUGGGUGCGCCUUGCCAUGGAGGAAAGGCGCAUUCCACAGAGUCAGUGGCGCUACUGUUGGGGCUCCACGCUUUUUCACAAGGACGAUAUUGGUCUUCAACAGGGCUUUGACGAUGUUCCAGAGUUCUUCUCGAAGUUUUUACAUGGCCUACAGAAAGUCUGGCCGAGGAAUUCCGAGGAUUGGGACGAGACGACCCGAGACGGCAACGUUUGCCCUGAACUUUCGACCAUCUCCAGUCUGGUGCGUCCGCCCUUGCCGAAGCUCGAGACUGGGGACCUGCGCAUGACGCUGACGUUGCUCAGUAGCGAGGGCAUGGACUUCGAACCUUCGUGGAAGGACCUCCCAUUCCCUGAGAAGGUGGUGGAACCAGUGGUGGAUGAUGCACUCAUGGGCGGUGAAGAGGAGGGUUUGAAGCGCUUGUCAGACUACCUUUGGAAGACGGAUUUUGCGUCCACCUACUACCCCGAGCGCCAGUUGAUCUUUGGCGAUUACCAAGCCUCGCGACUGGGACCUUGGCUCUCCCUCGGCAACCUCUCACCACGUAAGGUGUUCCAGGAGUGCCUUCGCUUCUGUGAGCACCACGGCAACGACGACGCCGACCCGCGCACCAAGCACGCGCGGCGCUUGAUCACGGAGCUCACCUGGCGCGACUUCUUCCGGUUCUAUGCUGGGAAACACGGCAGCAGCAUCUUCGAGCCAGGCGGUCCCAAGAGCUACAGGAAGGACUGGAUGCAGGAUGAGAGGAUCUUCCAGCUUUGGUCCAACGGACGCACAGGCUAUCCAUUGGUGGAUGCCUGUAUGCGUGAGCUUUCGAUCACGGGGUACACCUCCAACCAUGCGCGGAUGAAUGCUGCUUCAUUCCUUGCUUGCAGCAUGAGUUUCGACUGGAGGCGUGGCGCAAAUUGGUUUGAGAGCCACCUCAUUGACUAUGACGUCACCUCCAACUGGUGCAACUGGGUCCGCUGCGCUGGGCUCACUGAGAGCCGCCUGAGCUCCUUCAACGUGGUGCGACAGAGUCAGAAGUUCGACCCCAUGGGCCUCUACUUGCGCCGCUGGCUCCCCGAGCUUCAGGAAGUGCCACCUGAGCUGAUCCAUGAGCCGUGGCUGAUGACCAGCGAAGAGCUUGUGCGCUAUGGGGCCAGUGCCUACCCACAGCCCUGUGUGGAUCCCAGCUUCUUCGAGGGCCCCUAUGGACCCCGCACUGGCUGGGCAAUGGUCCCUCAGUCGCUUUACAAGUGAGAAGGCUGAGGUCAGCCGCUGGCUGAUGCAUGUUCAUGCAUGAGACAAGUUUCUCCCGGAGCUGGCAGUUCGCUGGCAGUGCUGGUCGAGACUGGAGGUCGGCGGGGCCUGAAAUCACGACCGAGCUGUCUGGAAAACCGUGCACGCCAGUAAGAUCGGGCUCCGAAAAACUGUCUUGAAAGGGGUUUUAAGAAGCGCUGCGGGUAGAUCUGGUGUCAGAUCGGUCCUGCGGGAGGCUUUGAGGGGCACUCUCUUUUUAAGGCAAGAGCAAAGAGGAAGGGCGGCAAA